CUCAUGUUGAAUAGCUUGCUAGUUGUUCUGGGUGGAAGAAGGCCUGGUUGAAUGCCCUAGGAUCCACAACCGUGAAUUGUAAGUAGCUGAAUGAGGCGAGGUAAGGGCGCUCUUGACGCAGAAUUCGUAAUAAGUGGCACUGUGCAGUACUGGUUGUGAUUGCCCAUUUGACCCUUGUGUUUGGAGACCUCACCCCUCCCCCAUCCUCCCUGCCACCCUGCCCUGAGCCCCACAUACCCCACACACCCCUGCCCAUCAUGAAUGAGGUUAGCGUUGUCAGAGAGGGCUGGCUCCACAAGAGAGGUGAAUACAUCAAGACUUGGAGGCCUCGUUACUUUAUCCUGAAGAGUGAUGGCUCCUUCAUUGGCUACAAGGAAAAGCCUGAGAUGUCUGAUCCUAAUUUGCCCCCUCUCAAUAAUUUCUCUGUAGCAGAAUGCCAGCUGAUGAAGACUGAGAGACCUCGGCCAAAUACCUUUGUCAUUCGAUGUUUGCAGUGGACCACAGUCAUAGAACGCACUUUCCAUGUGGACAGCAAUGCUGAAAGGGAAGAGUGGAUCCGUACUAUUCAGGCUGUGGCCAAUGGCCUGAAGUCUCGUGAAGAGGAGGAACCAAUGGACAUCAACUUUGGUUCCCCUGGUGACAAUAGCCUGGAGGGCAUGGAGGCAUCUAUAGCCAAAACUCGUACCAAAGUGACAAUGAGUGACUUUGACUACUUGAAGCUAUUAGGAAAAGGCACGUUCGGAAAGGUGAUUCUUGUGAGAGAAAAAGCCACUGGUAUGCAUUAUGCCAUGAAGAUCUUGCGUAAAGAGGUCAUCAUUGCUAAGGAUGAAGUAGCACACACAGUCACGGAAAGCAGAGUGCUACAGAACACAAGGCAUCCCUUUCUCACGACACUAAAAUAUGCCUUCCAGACACAUGACCGCCUAUGUUUUGUGAUGGAGUAUGCAAAUGGUGGCGAGCUGUUCUUUCACUUGUCACGAGAACGUGUAUUUACAGAGGAAAGAGCACGAUUCUAUGGAGCUGAGAUUGUUUCUGCAUUGAAAUACCUGCACUCUCGAGAUGUUGUCUAUAGGGACCUCAAGCUGGAAAAUCUAAUGCUGGACAAAGAUGGUCAUAUUAAAAUCACAGACUUUGGCCUGUGCAAGGAGGGCAUCACCAAUGAUGCUACAAUGAAGACCUUUUGUGGCACCCCUGAGUACCUGGCUCCUGAGGUGCUAGAAGAUAAUGACUAUGGUCGGGCAGUAGAUUGGUGGGGUUUGGGAGUAGUGAUGUAUGAAAUGAUGUGUGGUCGGCUUCCCUUCUACAAUCAAGACCAUGAGCGCCUGUUUGAGCUCAUCCUGAUGGAAGAGAUUCGUUUCCCCCGGAACCUCUCACCUGAGGCGAAGUCCUUACUUGCUGGCCUGCUUAAGAAAGACCCCAAGCAGAGGUUGGGAGGAAGUCCAGAUGAUGCCAAAGAAGUUAUGGCCCACAAGUUUUUUUCCUCAGUCAACUGGCAAGAUGUGUUACAGAAAAAGCUCAUCCCACCAUUUAAACCUCAAGUAACUUCAGAAACUGACACACGAUACUUUGAUGAGGAAUUCACUCUGCAGACUAUUACUGUCACACCUCCUGACCAGUAUGACAGUUUGGAUGCUGAGGAUUCAGACACUCGCACACACUUUCCCCAAUUCUCAUACUCUGCAAGUGUGCGGGAGUGACAUUGAAGGCUCCCCCCCCCCGCCCUUCACCCUAAACAGCAAACUGGACACCCCUGGCACCACGCAUUCUGAACACGCACACUGAUGCACACACUCAAAUACCUGGAUCAGCAAUAUCAGUCUGUUAAUGAUGGGGUUUAGCAGAACCCGUGUAGGUGGGAUAAAGGAUCAGUGAGCAGCAUCCACAGACUUGGGAUAAUCCUGUUUCUGAUCCAUUCUUCAGCUUUCCUAUCACACUACAUUCUGUAUUGUGGUAGCUGUACUUAGUACAGUCACAGGCACCUGUAUGGUUAACACCUUCAGAACCAGCAGUAUACACAUCUGCUAAUGUCUUUCCCUGGACAAAUGCCUCAUGUAUGCACGCAUUUUUAACCAGUCUAAAUCAGAGAGGAAUCUUAAUCCUCCAUGAUUAUUUUUUUAAAUGAAAGAAAAAAAGCCAUAUAUGCAUUUUUUUUCCAAGUGCUCCUUCUGGAACUAGCUUUUACCAGUAUUGUUAACUGUUUCUGCAUCAAAAGGGAGUGAUACUGCUGAUGACUGAAAGGUUGUGAAUUGAAUGGUGUGUGUGACGCUGAGAGAUUGAGUACACAUUCUGCACAUUGACAUGUAUACAUCUUAAGAAAUCAGAUUUUUUUUUGUGUGUGUGUAGGGGUUCUGCGUGAAUAAUGAGGGGUGUGUGUGCUCUGUAUUGACAUCUAAGUGUCUGUUUUAAGUUUGUUUGUAUAAAGGUUAAAUUGAGUGAGUGAUGGGGGAAGGAGGAGCUUUCUACAUUAUAGAUGUGACAAGGGGAGGGGUUAUGGGUCUGCCUUUGGAAACCCAAUGUUACUUCUCAUACCAUGAUGGUUUCUCCAUCAGUUAUUGGUCAACAAUCUGUACAAUUUUGGAGGCAUUGAUGUAAAGAGUAUUUUUCUUCUUUCUUUCAAGUGUGAGGAUUUGAAUGUCUUAUUUAACAGCAGUUUAUUGUAUCCUGGCAUAUAGAGGAAGUAGACUCAAGUGAAGGCCAGGCUAAAAGUCUGCAGGAAGACCAUGUCUCUCUGCAUCACUACUACACCUUUUUUCCCUUUUGUAAUGAGUAUGCUUGUAAAAUCUUUGAUAGAAUGUGAGAUAAUGGAGAGUGAUUUAAGGCCACUUCAACUGUUCACCUGCCAUCCUCUCACACUGCUUUGUAGUGGAAGAACCCAUGCCAUAAGAUUUAUACGUUUUUUUUGUGUGUGCUCACAUUGUGUGACAAAGGGGCAGAAAAAUAUCCUUUUCUGCCCUCGUGUGUGCAGGUGGGGGCUUGUUGAAAAAGCAUUGUGAGAUGUAGAGCAAGGAUAGUUCACUGCAGAGACAUGUGAUUACCAACUUUCUCAUAAAAUGUUGACAACUCAAGUAAACAGUAGGAAAUACUUUAUUUAAAGCAACAACAAACACCCCACCCAAUCAAUGACCGGGUUCUACCACGGGCCUGUUUUCUUUCUCUUUAUGAAAUAACCACAUGGAGGAGCCAUGCCUUCCUACCGUAGUUAAAGUAUCGUGGCCGUCAACCUCAGCAUUGGCUGUAUCUGUAAAGUGCAUCAAAUUAUUUUGAGCAGCAAACCACGUUUUUAAGCACAGUUUGUAUUUUCCAGGUAAAUUGUAUUCACCAAUAAAAUUACCGGAUUGCUAUUAUCCAAUCAAUGUAAAAAUACAAGUUGCAUAACAAACGGCACAUCACUGGAGAAUUGAUUUAGACUAUUUUUGCGGCUUCUUGAGUCUUAUCCUGUUUUGAAUGUAACGAACAAUCGUAAAUAUGUCAACACAGUGUAAUGCAUAGGCCUAAUAAAGAUUUGUUAAAAUGAUAA